GGUCCCUCUCAAUAACAUGUCUGCAGUAUGUGAGACAAGACUCGCCACCCCCGCUUCUAAGGAGUACUCUGGCUGUACUUCUUCCAAGACAGAUUUGUUAAUUCUCUGGCAGUCUACAGUAGAUUCAAUAUUCUUUGCCAACACCAUAACUCAAUGCUAUCAACUCUUCUUCGGUCUUCCUUAUUCAUUCUGCAGUCCCUGGAGAAGAACAUCAUGCUUGGUAACCCAGAGGGUCAGCAAAAAAGAGGAGAGACCCUCAAGGAGAUGGAUUGACACAGUGGCUGGCUGCAACAAUAGGCUCAAGCAUAGCAGUGAUUGUGAGGAUGGCGCAGGACCAGAAAAUGUUUCAUUCUUCAUUCUGAUGUACAUAGGGUCACUAUGAGUCAGACGCAACUAAACAGGCACCUAACAAGACAAAGCACCUGAAGCCUUGGUGGCACCGUGGCUAGACUGCUAGCUACUAGACUGCUAACUGAAAGGUUCGCAGUUCAAAACCACCAGCUGCUCUGUGGGAGAAAGAUGUUAACAGUUUGCCUCUGCAGAAAUUUACAGCCUUGGAAACCCCACUGGGGCAGUUACACUCCGUCCUGUAAGGUCGGUAGGGAUCUGAAGGGAUCCGUGGUUUUUUUUUUUUUUUAGGCGGAAGAGCGCUAAGGGCGGGCGGGUAAGCUGAAGACCACAAGGAUUGCUGGGAGUUGUAGGCCAAACGUCCGGGGAAACACACGAGAUCUGGCUGGGCUGUAGCACAGGCUUCUGGGAGAUAUAGGCAAGAUAGCCCCGCUGCUUCCUGGGAGUUGUAGUCUCCUGAGCCACUUCCGGGCCACCGGGCCAGGCGACCGCGUGUUAGGAAAGGCAGAGUCCAGAGGUCCCAGGUCAGUAUCUUCUGUCGCGGGCUCGCUCGUGGAUCCCGGUCCUUUAUUGCAGCGUGGUUCUUGGGUUAAAGUUUUUUCUCUGUGAUCUUCCAACGCCUGUGUCUUGUCAGCCUUCUUGUCAAAGGCUGCUCUGGCUGUCGACCUGGCUUUAGAAGCUGCUGUUCGGCCUGCCGCCUGCCCGCCCACUACUUUAUCCAGGGCAAGAUAUGACCACCUCCUUGUCUUCAAGCCCAGUCGGUUACUUCCGGGCGCCCCCUCCGCUGUUCUAGAAUCUUUGUCCUGAUGGAAAGAUGUCACACACAACCGAUUCUCUGACAAGAUUGCAAUCCAGAGGCCUCCUCGGGUCCAAGUUCAGCCGUAUGGUCACAUUUAUUUUUCUCAUCCUACAGAUAUUUACUGAGCUCUGACUUUGUGCCAGUCCCUGUGUGGGGCAGGGGGAGACAGUGGUGAACGAGGCCGACCCGGUCCCUGCCUUGAGAGAGCUCAGUGGGAAAGCCAGACCUGUCACCAGUGGUAGUCAGAGCCAGGGGCAGGGUUGGGUAGGGGGCAUCCUUGCAGCUGCAGUAGCCCACAGAAGGCGCUGACCCAGCCUGGGUCCUAAGGUCUUUGGGGGAAAGGCUCCCAACAGUCAUUUCACAGCUGACACACCCACAUGGCAUCUUUUUUUCCCAACCUGCAGUCUCAGUCUUCCCCCUUCACUAAAUGGCCCCGUCAUCUAGGUGUUCAGCUGAGACGGGUCAAGGACAAGCUGAUCUAGGUCUUUAAGAGGCCACAGAACCUUGUGAAAGAGACUGGAGGGUGGGAGACUCUGACAACAGAGUAGGGUUGAGCUCAAUCUUCGGGGUCCACCUACCCCCAUCCCCAAAACAGGGUGCAACCCAGGUUGGCUUCCUUGGACGUGUGAUACAGGCUGUGUCUUCGUGGAGGAGAAGCCGACCUCUCCUGCCCCUUGGGGACCCCCGCGAUGCCGGCUCCGACUUGUGCCUCCUGCCACGCGGCGCGCGCCGCCCUCCGCCGCCCGCGUUCCGGACAAGCACUGUGCGGCACCUGCUUCUGUGCCGCCUUCGAGGCCGAGGUGCUGCACACGGUGCUGGCGGGCCGCCUGCUGCCCCCGGGGGCCGUGGUGGCCGUGGGCGCCUCGGGGGGCAAGGACUCCACGGUGCUGGCGCAUGUGCUGCGAGAGCUGGCGCCGCGCCUGGGCGUAUCGCUGCGCCUCGUGGCGGUGGACGAGGGUAUCGGUGGCUACCGGGACGCGGCCCUGGCGGCCGUGCAGCGCCAGGCGGCGCGCUGGGAGCUCCCGCUCACCAUCGUGGCCUACGCGGAUCUCUUCGGGGGCUGGACGAUGGACGCCGUGGCACGCAGCACGGCCGGGUCGGGCCGAAGCCGCGCCUGCUGCACCUUCUGCGGGGUGCUAAGGCGCCGGGCGCUGGAAGAAGGUGCGCGCCUAGUGGGAGCCACGCACAUCGUGACGGGCCACAACGCCGACGACAUGGCGGAGACCGUGCUCAUGAACUUCCUGCGGGGCGACACUGGGCGGCUAGCCCGCGGCGGGGGCCUGGGCUCGCCGGGCGAGGGGGGCGCGCUGCCCCGCUGCCGCCCUCUGCAGUUCGCCUCGCAGAAGGAGGUGGUGCUGUAUGCGCACUUCCGCCGCCUGGACUACUUCUCCGAGGAGUGCGUGUACGCGCCCGAGGCCUUCCGCGGCUACGCGCGCGACCUGCUCAAGCGCCUGGAGGUGGUGCGGCCCUCGGUGGUUCUGGACCUCGUGCACUCGGCUGAGCACCUGGCGCUGGCACCAACCGCGCAGACCGCACCGCCCGGCGCCUGCACCCGCUGCGGGGCGCUGGCCAGCCGCCCGCUCUGCCAGGCCUGCGCGCUGCUCGAUGGGCUGGACCGCGGCCGGCCGCGCCUGGCCAUCGGCAAAGGCCGCAGGGGACUGGACGAGGAGGCGCCGCGGGCUGGGGCUCAGCCUCGUCCCUCCGCGGUCCUCCCCACCUUCUAGCGCCUGGGGUGCUCUGGCAGGGGUCCCCAUGCCUAGGAUGGUGAUGGCCGCCUUUGAGCAAUGCAAAUAAACUUGAGUUUCCUUUUC